AUGAUAAACAAAGUAAACAUCUCUCAAUCAAGCAUCGAUUACGUACAGAGCGAGUUGGAGAUAUCCUGUGUAGAAAUCAACGAUGGACAUGUUUGGAAAGAUUUAAAUAUACCGUCUAGGAUCCUUAAGACGUGUUCGAUUUGUGGAGUACGAAACGUAUGGCCAUGGAUCACCACAAUUAAGUGCAAGGAAUGUAAAAUGGUUUGUCAUCGGCAAUGUUUGGCUGAGUUCGACGAGAAAAUAUGUCCUUUGUUCUUUAACCCUCAGUGCGAGGAUUUAUCGACGAUCUCAAAUUCGAAUAAAAAACCUUCAUCCGUUGUCCUGAUCACGGGAGGACUCGCCGACGACGUGCACGACUGCGACAACGGUGGCUGUCAUGCCGAGAUAUUGGCGUCGGUUUCAAACGCAGCGCUCUGCCCGCUCACCGACCGCCCGCGAAGCAGGAACUCGUCUCCCGGCCCCAAACACGAAUCGUCAUUUCUUUUAGAAGUAUAA